GACAUUUGAUUGGUCUCAUUGUUGAGAAUUUUUAGAUGGGAUAUCGUGAUGGCCUAUUAGCAGGAAAAGAUGCUUCUUCACAAGAAGGGUUUAAUAUUGGAUUUAAGCAAUCAGUGGUCGCAGGUUACAACUGGGGGCUUGUUAGAGGUAUUACAAGAUGGGUUGAGGGAGAGUUUCAUUAAAACCCAAGACAAGAGAACCAAAUUCCAGGAGUUGCAUGAAUGUGUGCAGUCUCUCUCAACAACAGAUGCGCUUAAGUUGUUUUACGAAGACAUAAUGACAAAGGAAGCUCUGCAACAGAGUGGAACUUCUGAGGGCAGUGUCAAUGUUGCAGAUUCACAAGUGCAAAGUUCAGAUAGUAAUCAUCUUGGAAAUUACUCUGGAGAGCUUCAAUCACUCCUUGAAUCUUCCGAAAUCAAAGUACAAUUAGCUCUAGAGAAGUAGGGAGUAACGUGGUACAACACUGAUGUGUUCAAAAAUAUGGUGUACAGUUUGGUCUAUCAGAAAAUCAGGGCUUUUUCGUUGCAAUUCUUUGGACCUAAUAAUUUCCUGGUUGUUCUUUUUGACUUAAUAUGCACUUUUGUCUGAUAUAAUAUGAACAAAGCCAAAUGGCUAGCUCCAACUUGGACUUGAAGUUGGAGUUGUUAAACCAUGCGAGCUCAAGUUUCUGUUGUUGCAGUCUUUCAAAUUGAUAGAUUAAAGAACAAAAAAAAUGCCUUGUAUAGGCUUCUCUC